UGCGCGGCGGACUGGGUUCAGCCUCAGUGUCGGCGGGGCGUCCGCCUCCUUCCAGGGGGUGUGGUGUGGGCGGACGGGUUUGGACGGUCGCAGCAGGGCCUCUCCGCACGCACCACUUGGCUCGGGCUGCGCGCUAAAAACACGCAGGACUGAGUGAGUCUGGGGACGUGAGAGAAACGGACCGGAAGACACGGAAAUCAAAUCGGCUCCGGACCGCCCGUGGCGGCGCGUGCUGAGCGAGCGAGCGAGCGAGGGAGGGAGAAGGUGGAGGAGCCCCCGCGGCGGCGGCGGCGGCGGCGGUGGUGGUGGAUGCGCUUCCUCCGCACCCACGACCCGCACUACUUGGCUCCGAUCGUCGGCGGAGAGCGGCGCGCGGCCCCGCGAUGCGCUUCAACGAGCGCGAGCUCGUGUCUUUGAGCCGACAGCCGUCCGAGAGAGCGGCCGAGCUGGGCAUGAGAGGGCCCAGGAAGGGCGACGUUGUGAAGAAGCGCCUGGUGAAGCUCGUCGUCAACUUCCUCUUUUACUUCCGCACGGAUGAGGAGGAGCCGCUGGGGGCCUUGCUGCUGGAAGGGUGUCGUGUGGAGCGGGAGGAUGAGCAGGCCUUCUCCAUCGCUUUCCUGGACGAAGCGGAGAGGAAGUACCUGUUUGAGUGCGACUCCAAGGAGCAGUGUGUCGAGUGGAUAGAGUCCAUAGUGAAGGCCAGUUACGAGUUCAUGCGGAAGAGUCUCAUCUUCUACCGUUCCGAGAUCCAGCGCAUGACGGGCAAGGACCCCCUGGAGCAGUACGGGAUAUCGGACGAGGCCCGAUUCCAGAUCAGCAGCAUCUCUUCCAUCCAGGGGACUUAAUCCUGGGAGUCACCCCCCCUCCACCUGCGUAGCACUGCACCAGCAGGGAGUGUUUCCUCUUACCUUAUCACACUCGCCUGUCUUGCAUGUUUAUGAACUCCUCAGAACCUCGUGCCCCGAAGGCACUUGGGCCCACAGGGUGACGACCUCAGACUACUGCGGGUGUCACGGUCACCGCUGAGCUGAAGACACCGCACUGCACUCUGAGUAUCACUGUGAUCCACUCUUUGUUUUGUGAACAUCUGCAGCCCUGAGUCUUUCUCUUGUUCCUUUGUUACGCCCUGGGGCUGUAAUACUGUAGCUUAUACACACACACAUCCACAUUAUUUUCUUAAGUCUUUUAGUUUUGUUUUUACCUUGCAUUCUAUUGGGAUACUGAGCGGCUGUUGUGCUCCAGCAGCCUGGACCCUUGUGGUUUUUACACUGUACUGUACCGUGGUAUUCUGCGCCGUGCCUUUUUCUCCAGAGCCAGAGACGCAGCAGGCGGUGCCUUCGCUCAGAGCACAGCGCUCCUUCCUGUGAACUCACCUAAAGGCAACAGCGCUUGGAAAUUUGUUUGG